AUGGAAGGAUCUCGUGGGCCUCCCAGGGUCAAGAACAAGGCCGCUGCGCCCGUUCAGAUCUCUGCGGAACAGCUCCUUCGUGAAGCCGUUGACCGGCAAGAACCUGGCCUCGAGGCACCCACACAGCGCUUUGCCGAUCUGGAAGAGCUGCAUGAGUAUCAGGGUCGAAAGAGAAAGGACUUCGAAGACUAUGUUCGUCGCAACCGAAUUAACAUGAACAACUGGAUGCGCUAUGCGGCCUGGGAACUGGAACAAAAGGAAUUCCGCCGUGCGCGAUCCAUUUUCGAGCGUGCACUCGAUGUUGAUUCGACGUCUGUGGUGCUCUGGAUUCGCUACAUCGAAGCUGAGAUGAAAACGCGAAACAUCAACCAUGCCCGAAACCUUCUCGAUCGCGCCGUCACAAUCUUGCCUCGUGUCGAUAAGCUUUGGUACAAAUAUGUCUACAUGGAGGAGACUCUGGGAAAUGUUCCCGGUACCCGCCAGGUAUUCGAAAGAUGGAUGUCGUGGGAGCCGGAAGAGGGCGCCUGGAGCGCAUACAUCAAACUCGAGAAGCGGUACAGCGAAUUCGAACGUGCACGCGGUAUCUUCCAGCGUUUUACCGUUGUUCACCCUGAGUCUCGAAACUGGAUCAAGUGGGCACGAUUUGAGGAGGAGUAUGGCACAAGUGACUUGGUCCGUGAGGUCUAUGGAGCGGCCAUUGAAACACUGGGAGAAGACUUCAUGGACGAGAAGAUCUUCGCCUCUUACGCCAGGUUCGAGGCUAAAUUGAAGGAGUACGAGCGUGCACGCGCUAUCUACAAGUACGCUCUGGACCGCCUUCCGCGCUCCAAGUCUAUGGUCCUCCACAAGGCUUACACGACCUUUGAGAAACAAUUCGGCGAUCGUGAGGGUGUGGAAGAUGUGGUCCUGUCUAAGCGCAGGGUUCAGUAUGAGGAGCAGCUCAAGGAAAACCCUCGCAACUACGAUACCUGGAUUGACUUGGCUCGUCUCGAGGAGCUUUCAGGCGACUCCGAGCGGGUGCGUGACAUUUACGAACGCGCCAUUGCACAGAUACCCCCUUCGCAAGAAAAGCGACACUGGCGCCGCUAUAUCUAUCUCUGGAUCUUCUACGCCAUUUAUGAAGAAAUGGAAAUGGAGCAGCCAGAGCGCGCUCAACAAAUUUAUCAGGAAUGUCUGAAAAUGAUUCCCCACAAAAAGUUCACAUUCGCCAAAGUCUGGCUGAUGAAGGCACGCUUCGAAGUUCGACAAAUGGAACUCCAGGCGGCACGCAAGACAUUGGGUAUUGCCAUUGGAAUGUGCCCGAAAGACAAGCUUUUCCGUUGCUAUAUUGAACUUGAGCAGCAAUUGCUUGAGUUCACACGGUGCCGAACUCUGUUCGAGAAACAGCUGGAAUGGAACCCCGCUAGCGCCCAGGCUUGGCUGAGAUUUGCACAGCUGGAGCGUGAUUUGGGUGACUUGGACCGAACCAGGGCCAUCUACGAGCUUGGCAUUGAACAGCCAGUCAUUGACAUGCCCGAGCUUCUAUGGAAGGCCUACAUCCAAUUUGAAGAAGAAGAAUACAACUACGCCGCCGUCCGAACCUUGUACGAGCGACUUCUCGAGAAGACCGACAACAUCAAGGUGUGGCUUGGAUAUACCAAGUUCGAGAUGGCUGUUCCGGCAGAGCAAGAGGGGACACAAGACGACGAAGACCAACCGCGCUUCUCCCACGACUCAGCCAGCAAAGCCCGCGCGGUCUUCUCGCGGGCCGAAAAGCACUUCAAGGAACGAAGUCGGACCAAAGAGCGCGUCGAUAUCCUCACCUUAUGGUACAACUUCGAAAAACAGCGCGGCACCCCCGAAGAGAUCGAAAAUGUCAAGAAACAAUUGCCCCGCCGUAUCAAGAAGCGUCGCAAGCUCGAGGACGAUACGUACGAGGAAUACUUCGAUUACAUAUUCCCCGCGGACGACAAGCAAGCAGCCAACCUUUCCAAGCUGCUGGCAAAGGCACAACAAUGGAAGCAGGCCCAGUCUUGA